UCUUGGCACUGGUUUUUUUAAAGGAGCAUUGCUCGCUCUGUUUUACAUCCUUCUCCAUCUUCUCAUUUUCUAGGGUUUUGUUUUGUGCCUCUCUCUCGGAGCUUCUGUUGCAAUGGCGUUCUCAGCUCUCCUCAGAUCUGCAGCGCCAUCGCCUCUCGUAGAAGGAUCGCACGAAUACACGCCAUCUGAUUUCGGAGCUCGAGCUCCUGAUCGUUUCAAGGUUUCUUGCUCUGGUGUUGGUCGCAGUCUAAAUUCUGCUAAGAUCUGGUCAAACAUUUUCGGGUCUUCCGUUUUCUCUGGAGAAGCAUCUUUUUUACAGAAAUCUGGUGCUAAAAGCAUUCAGCCCAUUAAAGCGACAGCUACUGAGAGUCCUCCUAAAGUUCAAAAAUUAUCGAGCAGUAGCAAGACCAAGAUUGGGAUAAAUGGUUUUGGUCGGAUUGGAAGGUUGGUCUUACGUAUUGCUGUAAGUCGGGAUGAUGUUGAGGUGGUGGCUGUCAACGAUCCUUUUAUUGAUGCUAAAUACAUGGCUUACAUGUUUAAGUACGAUUCAACACAUGGAGUUUUCAAGGGAACCAUUAAGGCUGUGGAUGAGUCCACUUUGGAAAUUAAUGGGAAGCGGAUUACAGUCACAUCGAAAAGGGAUCCAGCGGAGAUCCCAUGGGGUGAUUUUGGGGCAGAGUACGUAGUUGAAUCUUCUGGGGUUUUUACAACAUUGGAUAAGGCAUCAGCUCAUCUGAAGGGUGGUGCCAAAAAGGUGGUCAUAUCAGCUCCAUCAGCUGAUGCGCCUAUGUUUGUCGUAGGAGUAAACGAGAGGACGUACAAGCCAAGCAUGAACAUUGUUUCCAAUGCAAGUUGUACUACCAAUUGUCUUGCCCCUCUUGCCAAGGUGGUCCAUGAGGAGUUUGGUAUUGCCGAAGGUCUAAUGACAACGGUGCAUGCAACAACAGCAACACAGAAGACUGUUGAUGGUCCUUCAAUGAAGGAUUGGCGAGGUGGCCGUGGAGCUGGUCAAAAUAUUAUCCCUAGUUCAACAGGAGCAGCCAAGGCUGUUGGAAAGGUUCUACCGGACCUCAAUGGAAAGCUCACUGGGAUGGCUUUUCGUGUUCCAACUCCAAAUGUUUCAGUUGUGGACUUAACAUGCCGGCUUGAGAAAAGUGCUUCAUAUGAAGAUGUCAAAGCAGCCAUAAAGUUUGCAUCGGAGGGGCCAUUGAGAGGAAUACUUGGAUACACGGAUGAGGAUGUUGUCUCCAAUGAUUUUGUCGGCGACACUAGGUCAAGCAUCUUUGAUGCAAAGGCUGGUAUUGGAUUGAGUUCUUCCUUCAUGAAGCUUGUUUCAUGGUACGACAACGAGUGGGGCUACAGCAACCGGGUGUUGGACCUGAUCGAGCACAUGGCGCUGGUUGCUGCAACAAACUAAUAGCCGAGGCGAGCUUUGGUUUCUUUUGCGGUGGAGUAAUUUAAAAUGAUGUUAGAGCUGCUGUUUUGAUUGGGGUAGCUGGUUAUUUAAAGUGACAUCUUGUAGAAGAAUAAGACGCAACAGAUGAGAACUGAUGUUACUAUAUGGUAUGAAUUGUGAGAUUUGACAGUGCCCUUGCAUAAAUAUGAGAGAACACUGAUGAUUAUUCAAUUGGAUCCAUCUAAAGUUGCAUUUGCUUUUGCAAUUUAGAGAAAUGAAUUAUAUGAUUCUUGCA